AGGAAGUAAGUGCGCUAGGGGAACCUUUAUUUAGUUGAGCGCAUAUUUUCGAACGAAUCGGUUGAGUUGUGGAUUUGAAAUAGUUGUACCUGACUUAAAAUUAGAACUGGUUGAAAUAGUGCUGAUAUAUAUAUACGCCAUAUAUGUAUGUAAAUAUAUUACGUUAAAAGACAAUAACAUAAAACAUAAACAUAACAUAAAAGACAUAAAAAUCAUUUUACGACACAAUGUUCAUCGAAUUGUUGCUGCUACUAUUUGCUCUGCUCGUACUCGGCGAUUAUUUACUGAAGAAACGCCGCAGUGAUAUGAUACACUAUAUGCCAGGACCCAAGCCGUUGCCAGUGUUGGGUAAUGUGCUCAUGUAUCGUGGUAUAAGCCAAGCAGAUAUUAUAGAUUUCAUUAUCCAAAAUCGCCAGAAAUAUGGAACAUGCUAUCGCGUAUGGUUGCUGAAUCAAUUGGCGGUAUUAUUCUCAGAUCCUGCCGACGUUGAGGUGUUACUCACCAGUUCGAAAUAUAUUAAGAAGAAUAACUUCUAUGAUCUAUUACAUCCAUGGCUCGGCACCGGUUUGCUCGUAAGCAACGGCCGUAAAUGGCAUGCGCGCCGUAAGAUCAUAACACCAACAUUUCACUUUAAAAUACUCGAGCAAUUUGUGGAAAUAUUCGAUCAACAAAGUACAGUGCUGGUGAAAAAAAUGGCACAAUAUGCUGAUGGAAAAACGGUACUGAACAUAGCACCGCUAUUAUGUUUGAUGACAUUGGAUAUAAUUGCAGAGACGGCAAUGGGUACUAAGGUAAAUGCACAAACGAAUCCUGAAUUUCCCUACGUAUCGGCUGUUAUAAGCGUUACAUAUAUGUUCGCCAGGCGCUUCACAAACGCUUGGCAGCGUAUUGAUUGGAUUUUCCGAUUGCUCUCACGCAAAGAAGCCAAAUUAUUCUACGCCAACAUUAAACUGAUGCACGAUUUCACUGAACGCAUUAUUGUGGAACGUCGCUCGGCGCUGGAAAAAGAGCUCAGCAUUAGCGAAACCGCGCCAAACGCCAUCGCCACCGAACUGGGCUUGAAACGACGUAUGGCGCUGCUCGAUGUAUUGCUGCAGUCUAACAUUGACGGCAAACCGCUGAGUAAUAAAGAUAUACGCGAAGAGGUGGACACAUUCAUGUUCGAGGGGCACGACACCACCUCCAGCGCGCUCACAUUCUGUUUGCACUUGAUCUCCAGACAUCCGCUUGUACAGGCGAAAUUAUUUGAGGAGAUACGUAAAGUGCUGGGCGCUGACAAAGAUCGUCCAGUGACACAACGCGAUCUCGGUGAACUGAAGUACAUGGAGUGUGUAAUCAAGGAGUCCCUGCGCUUAUAUCCAACGGUACCGCUAAUUGGACGCAACUUCGAGGAGGAUGUUGUUAUACGUGGCAAACCGAUACCCGCCGGCACAAAUGUCACCAUCGGCAUUUAUAUUAUGCAGCGUGAUCCGAAAUACUUUCCCGAACCCGAUACAUUUCGACCGGAACGUUUCCUUAACGAAUCCCUUGAAGAGGGCGAGACGAGAAAUACGUACGUUUAUGUGCCCUUCAGUGCUGGACCACGCAACUGUAUUGGUCAGAAAUUUGCCAUGUUGGAAAUGAAGAGCACUUUAAGUAAAAUAUUACGGCACUUUGAGUUGCUGCCGCUGGGCCAAGAAUUGCGGCCAACAUUGACUAUAGUAUUACGCUCCGAGAAUGGCAGUCAAAUGGGCUUAAAGCCGCGAAAUUAUGCUUCAACGAGCAGUUAAGUAGUGGAUUAAGUUUCGGUGGUUAUGAAAAUUGGGGAAAUGAAAGGUUCUUUCGAAAAAACAAAUAUUGGUUGGACGUAAUAGUGAGUAGCUUGCCUUCAAACGGAUGUUCUUUGAUUACCCAGAGGAUACUUGGUCUAGCACCGGAAGUCGUGAGCUGCUUGAGCUUCUGACUCCAAGUCUGCUCUUAAAUUGGCUAUAAUCACGUAAAAGUAAAGAGAAGAAGAACUAAAUAAAUCCAAUAUUUUUGCAUUGAAUUGAAAGGUCUUAAUUACAAUAGAGUUAUUCGAAUUAGGUGAAAUAAUAUUCUUCAUAAGAAAAGAUCGUUUUUGUUCCGAUUCGCAGAUAGAAAUUUCUUCCUUUAAAGUUUUAAUACCGAGUUUUAUUAUAUGCAGCCUUAUUGAAAUGGUGCCAAACAGGUUUUGUGCCAUGUUUAGCUCCCGAGCAAUCGAAGCAUAUUUUAUCCUUUUCUUAACAAAAAUUUUUUUAGAAAUUAUUGAAAUUAUGUUUUUGACUAAAGCAACUGCAGACUCCGUUAAAAGUAAUCAAAUUUGUAUUUCAAAUAUCACUUCCUCUCACCAAUAGCACCACAAAUAUUUACUCACCAACAGUUUGACCACCACUGUGUUUGUUUACUUCUUCCGAGUCAAAGCAUUUCGUCUUUCUGUGAUGUCAUGCGAUAAACGUCAACUCUCUAAUGCAAAUACUCAAAUAGUUUUCACACUCUCGCACUAAAUACAGUGGAAAAGCAAAUCUUUAUAGCAUUUUAGUUGUGAUGUUGCUCUUUGUCCGACUGCCGCACAUUUCGCUUGUGGAAAAUUAUUAGAACAACAAAAAAUGAUUUUUUAACGAAAAUACUCAUGAGUGUAAACGAAUGUUAAGAACAGAAAUGCAGCACGAGUACAUAUAUUUCUUAUAUGAACAGUGCAUAACAGAUAAGGAAAUGAGGCGCGCAGAAAUGAAGUAGCGGUUCUUCCUGUCAAAUGGCAGCGUGCGCACGCAUUCGCUGGUGGACUUCCGUUAUCACUGUUAGAAGCUUUGAAAUUGUGAAGAAUAUUUUAAUUAUACAUUUAAUUAAUUAAGUGUGGCUAAAAAUAGGUCGCGGAGUGGCAAUAAAAAUAUUAUUCCUGAAAUUGUUAUAUAUUUAUAUUCAUAUUUAAACGCUCAAUUGAUUAGCUGGCACCAUAAAAUAAUUUUUAAAGUUCAUAAAUUGUACCGCAUAAGCAGCUGUGUCAACUUUGGAUUAUAGUUUUUAAUUUGCUAUAUAUAUUUAACUCAAGUACAAGUAAUAAAUUUGUUAUACACAUACACUCAAAUAAAUGUAAAUAACAGAUAAGAGUGCUGUUCGUAGUUAUGGCGUG